UCCUCACAUCACCGCCUUCAAACCCGAAUUAAGGCCAUCAACCAGCUAUUCACCAUGCCGCAGGAUAUGCCCCCUGCGGGCGGCUACGGCCCCGUGCAAUACAAACGAAACCUCCCCACCCGCGGAUUCCGGCCCGCCUUUUAUCUCGUCGGAUCUGCGUUGAUCAUGACAUGGGGAUUUUGGAGGAUUGGGCAAGGCAUCAGGGAACACAAUGAGCUUGCUCGAGAGAAGAUGUGGGCGCGGAUACACCUCAUUCCUGCCCUACAAGCCGAGGAAGACCGGGACCAAGUACGACGAUAUCUGGCAGACAAGGCGCGAGAGAAGGAGCUUCUGGGCACAGAAACAAGGGUCUACAACAGCGAUAGGUUUGUCCGACCCACAUUUGCGGUUACACCAGAGAAGGUCACGAAAUAAGCAAAUGUUGAGAUGGAAGCGAUUCCGAAAGAAAAUGUAUAUAUUUAGAACCCUGGUAUUACCAUGGGGAGCGUGCCCGCUGGAGCUGUACUAGAUAUUGAAAUGGACGACUUUGAGAAAUCAGCCUAGUAAUUUGCCCCGGCAAUCAGUUUGAAAUCAAUAGUGUUUAAGACGGC